AUGCAGAACGAACCUAUGUUUCAAGUCCAAGUUGACGAGACUGAAGAUACAGAAUGGAAUGAUAUCUUAAGAGCUAAAGGUGUUAUCCCAGAAAGACCGCCAUCUCCCACAGCUCAAUUGGAAGAAGCUUUGGAAGAAGCUUUGAAAAAACAACAUGAAAAUAGAUUGGAAGAUAAAGACAUUAGUGAUUUAGAAGAAUUGGAAGAUGAAGAAGAUGAAGAAUUCUUAGAAUUUUACAAAAAGAAACGUUUAGCAGAAUUAGCUAGUUUACAAAAUAAAUCAAAAUUUGGUGAUGUAUAUCAUAUUAAUAAACCAGAAUAUAAUAAAGAAGUAACUUUAGCUAGUCAAGGUGGUGAAAAAUUUAACACAGAUGAAACAAGAAGUACAACAUUCCUUGAUAAUAACCAAACAAAAAUUGUCUCAGAAGCUGCAGAUGGUAGUACGGUGAAUGGUACUAAGGACGAUAUUGCUAAGGACGCUGUCUAUGUGUUCGUUCAUUUAUCAUUACAAAGUAAAUUACAAAGUAGGAUAUUGGCACAUAUUUUCGAAUCAGAAGCACCAAAAUUCCGUGAAAUUAAAUUUGUUGAAAUACCUGCAAACAGAGCUAUUGAGAACUACCCAGAGGCUAACUCCCCAACUUUACUUGUAUAUCAUAAUGGUGAUGUCCUAAAGAAUCUAGUCACAUUACUUGAACUUGGUGGUAAUCAAACAACCACCAAGGAUUUUGAGAAAUUAAUGGUUCAACUAGGUGCGGUAGAUGAAAAGGAUAAUAGAUUAGAAAUGAAUCAAGAUGAUGAGGAGUCUAGAGAAGCUAGACUGGCAAAAUUCGGUAACACAUCUAGUAUAAGGACCGGGAUUAAAUCAAAAUUCAACGUAGGCGUUGGAAGCGAUUCAGAUGAAAAUUAUGAUGAUGAUGAUGACUUCUUUUCAUAG